CCUGUCCCCACCGUCUUCCUCCAGUGUCUCUCCCGGAACUCAGCUAAGUUAUUCCUGGCCCUGACCUCCCCAGCUCCGCGUGUCCCCGCUGACCCCUCCCAAGUCCCUCCCUUCCGGCGCUAACCCCGCUCACUAACCUCUCCCCGGGCGUUGGCCUCGUCGACAAUCUUCACGAAGCGGUCGAUCUGCUCUGGGCCCGGCGAGCAGAAGUCUGGGAUGCGCAGUCGGUGCAGGGUGAGGCCGGGGCAGCUGUCGCUGUGCGGGGGCCCGCGCUCCGUCAGUGACACCAGAUGAGAAAACUGAAGCUCUGGAGAGGUUCAGGAACUUGACCAAGAGAUGACUGAUGGCGGGGGAUUUGAAACCAAGCAGCCUGGCUCCAGAAUCUUUAACAAAACACAGAUUUGGUGUCAGCGAUGGAAUCCGCAGAGCCCUUCCAAGAUCUUCUGAAACAUGAAACACGGGCGUUGUACCCUCAGACCUUUUGGAGUUCUGUCCUUUUCAGAAGGGCUCUGGAUAUGCACACAAAGGCCUUUGUGUUCCCCAAAGAGUCGGAUAAUUCCUUUGUGACGCUGACUGCACAGCUAACAAAGCCACUUAAGGCCUUCACCGUAUGCCUGCAUGUCUAUACCGAUCUGACCCGCGACUAUAGCCUCUUCUCUUAUGCCACAAGGCAACAACAUAAUGAGAUCCUCCUCUUCAAGGGAAAGACUGGCGUAUACAGUGUAUCCGUGGGUGGAGCUGAUGUCUUUUUCAAGCCUCCUGAGAGUUCUCCUGCACCAAUGCACUUCUGUGUGACCUGGGAGUCUACCUCAGGGAUUACAGAGCUCUGGGUGGAUGGGAAACCCAUGGUGAGGAGGAGUAUGAAGAGGGGAUACUCUUUGGGGACAGAGGCAAGCAUCGUCCUGGGGCAGGAGCAGGAUGCAUUUGCUGGGGGCUUUGAUAAAAACCAGUCUUUGGUGGGAGACAUUGGAGAUGUGAACAUGUGGGACUAUGUGUUAUCACCAGAAGAGAUUAACACUGUCUAUGCUGGUGGGACCUUCAGUCCUAAUGUCCUGGACUGGCGGGCACUGAAGUAUAAAACAUAUGGUGAGGUGUUCGUCAAACGACAGCUAUGGCCCUGA